AUGAGUGAAAAACUUUUACCAGGUACAUUAUGCGCUGUUUGUGAAGAUUUAGCUACUGGAAAUCAUUACUCUGUACCUUCUUGUAAUGGCUGUAAAACGUUUUUUAGACGUGCUUUAGUGAAUAAGAAAGAAUUUGUAUGCUUGGGGAAAAAGAAUUGCCCUGUUAAUAAAGGAGUUCGAUGUGCUUGCCGAUAUUGUCGCCUACAAAAGUGUUUAUUAGUUGGAAUGGAUAAGAACUCUAUACAAGGAGGCAGAGAUAGAAUAGGAUACACGAAAAGAACUAGAAAAAAUCAGAAAAGCCUUAUUGAUGACGAUAUUCGUCAAAAUGAGUCUAGUGCUUCUGGAUCUUGUUCUCCGUCCAGAAUCGAUUAUGAUAGGAAUAGUCCGCCGGAAAUCAAAGACUUAAAACUUGAUUUCACUUCUUAUGAUCCUAUGCUGGAAAGAUUAACUAUGAUAGAAAAUAAUUUCACUCUAUUAUUGAGUAGAGGCGAAGUUGAACCUUACAGUUCAUUGGAUGAGGCUUUGGCUGCGCCUAGCAAGUUGAACGGACCUCUGAAAAUAAAGGGUGAUGUUGAGCAGAUUAAGCUUAAAAUAGAUAGUGACCAACAACCAUACUGGCGAUCGCGCAUAAUAGCUCUUUAUAUUGAUUGGGCUAAGACCUUCUCUGCUUUCCGGAAUCUACCAUAUGCUGAUAAGGUGGCGUUAAUAACAAAUCAUGCUAGUUCUUACAUGAUAUUAUGUGAAGCUUUUCGUACUCCCGAACACAUAGACGAAGGAAAGAUAGAAAACUGUAUAAAUAUGGCUAGUUCUAAUCCCAUGAGUGCCAGUGGUUUACUUAGUGUAGUUCUGAACGAUUCUGUUGCUCGUUCAUUUGCAAACACAUUGGAAUUAAAGACUAAAGUGAAGAAAGAACCUUCAAACAACAUGAUUCGCUUACCGACGGAAUAUGGUAGCUUACCUGCAGACUAUGGAACUUGGAUACCACCGGAUUACGGGCACACUUUGAGUAUGAAUGGGAAAUCGGAACUGCAAUCUGCGUACGAAGCUUGUAAAGGCUCAUGUAAGAAUAAAAACGGCGAAUCUUUCGAUAAAGCAUGUAUACAUCAUAACAAAAACGCUGGAGUAUUGACAUCAGUAAUGGCUGCUAUGAUAGAUUACAUUUUGAAACCAUUUCGGCAGCUGAAUGUUUCUACUACAGAGUUUGCCACUCUACAAGCGAUAAUGUUCUUUGAUCCAGACACUAAUGGGAUAGACGCCGCUUCACAGAGAAAUAUAGCAGCCGAGCAGAAACGAUUGCUGACUGCAUUGCAUCGCCAUUUGCUUCGGUCUUAUGACACUCAAUCGGCUGACGAACGGUUUGCGAAUAUCCUAUUGAGGAUUCCAUCUGUUAGGAAAGUAGCUGCAAAAAAAAACGAAUCACUUCAAAUGAUAGAUAUGUUAAACCUUUUCUCCAUCAACUCGUUGGUUCGAGAAACAGCGUUGGGCAUUCGCCCUUCAACAUCGACAGCUUCCUCCAUGAACGGUGGAGGAACUGGGUAUUGCACAGAGUAA